AAGGUGUCUGUUGUGGGGAGAGGAAAGGAAAGGAGCUUGUAAGCCACCUUGAGUCUUCGUACAGGAGAGAAAGGUGGGGUAUAAAUCCAAACUCUCUUCUUCGUCCUCUUCCCCUCCUAAAUGGCUUGGAACCAACAGAUCUGAAAAACCAUAUACUCUCUUAUGAACCUAUCAGAAUGCUGUGGUGGUUAUCUUCUGAGGCCCUGUUUCGGAUAUCCCCGCUUUCUGAGAUUUGGUGGGUGGCAACCUCGGGAGGGCCUUCUUAGUCAUGGAGCAAAUACUUCAAGCUCUCUCUCAAGAGAGAUUCAUUUGUCUCCUUCUGUUGCUUUCUGCCACCUCAGCGAUUCUAACUUCCAUCCGUAUGUUGCUUUUUUGUGUGCAUUUCAGCUUUGAUUUUAAUGGUUUUAAUUAUGUUUUUUGGUUGAUUUAUAAGAUGUGUUUAUAUUGUGUAUAUUAUUAAUCUGUUGGCUGCCUUGGUGGCUCUGAUGAAGGUAGGGAGUAUAAAUAUUAUAAAGUAUAUAAAUAGUACAGGGUCUCCUAGUGAAUUGUAUGGCAGUGGAAAUAGGGAGUGGGUUAGGUGGAAAUACAAUCCCAAUCAUCAAACAACUGGCAAUCAUUUAGGAAAAUGUACUGAACGCCGCAGGGGAGGUAAACCAAUCACAAUUGAGCCCGUGCAUAGUCACCCAAAUAACAACUUAGCUUUCUAGGCAUGUGCUGUGCCAUUAUAUGUUGAUCAAAACGGUGGCCAAUGAAGAGCCACAUUUUGGUGGCACCAUAAUCUGCUGGCAAUGCUCAAGAAAAUGAUGUACCCUACAAGAGAGAACCAAACCAAAACAUUUUUUAGUUAGGCUACGGGGUCUUUAUUGUUGUUGAAUCUGUGAGCACUUUGGAAUUUUGAGUUCUGUCAUAAAAUGACUGCUGUGGGGGAAGUCAUAGAAUGGAAGGUUGCAGGCCAAACAUUCCAUAUGAUGGCAUAUCACUGUUCAACAAACACUUGGACUGUUCAGGGACUACUUCCUGUGUAUAUAUUGUCCUCUCAGGAAACCCCUGCAUAGUGGCCACAAAGUUUCUGUACAUUGCCAAGGAUUCCAUGUUGUCUGUAGAUAUUGCAUUCGGUAACAUUUGUAUUUUCAAUCAUUUUUAGCAGUCUUUCACAAUCUAAUAUAAACACUUACAAAAGUCCCAGGAAUUCAGAUGCCGUUGGAUUCUUGCAGCCAUGCCAGAAGGUCCAUCUGUAAAGAGGUUCCAGUUAUGCUGUUGCCCCUUUGUGGGUCAGACAGUGACCAAAGUGGGAGGAAGUACAAGGCAGAAUAAUCUGAAAUCGCUUAUACUGUGUGACAUGCAGGUCCACGGGAAGAAUGUAUUCCUGGCUUUUGGCCCCAUUCAGGAAGUGGCUCCCAGCAGUGACAAUCCCUCUCCCAGAUCAUCUGAGUGCAGGCCAUCUAUUCCAGGAAUGGCCACUAGUGGGGACAACUCGCUUCCCCUGAGGACUGAAGAAAAUGUUCACCACCCACAAUUCCAUCUGCUGGAGGAGGCUGAAGUCGAUUUACCACUGCUUAAAGAUAAUGGUGCUAGGCAUGACCGGAAAUGGCUACAUUUCCAUUUUGGUCUGUAUGGCAGCAUCUGAGCCAAUGAGUUUGCAAGGGCUAAUAAGGCAAAUGAAAGGGGGUACUGGAGAGAUCCAAUUCCAAGGUAUUAAUUGUAAAGAUCUGGGGCAGUAAAGGUACCUUGACCCAUUCAGAAGAUCAUAGGAUUGGGCAAAAUCUGCUCUUGUCUUCUAGAGGGGGAGAAUUCUGCAUUGUACAAAGAUGGGGAUAGCAGGUUCUCUUGUAUACAGAAUAUAUACCAAAGAAGAAAAGGUCUGGACUGCAGUCAGUAAAACAAUUAGUAGUUCCUGAACUCUUUAGAAAAGAAGUGUUAAGGUUGUUGAUUCAUGAUGUAGCAUUAUCUGAACAUUUUGGGUAUAAAAGGACUCUUGCUAAAAUUACAUCAGCAUUCUAUUGGCCUGGAGUGAGCAUAGAUACUAAACAUUAUGUAAGCUUGUGCGAAAUUUGCCAAAGGGUAGGAUAUGCCUCUGAUCAUGUAAAGGCACCAUUGGGAAAGAUCCCAGUAGUACAGGUGCCCUUCUCUGAAAUACAAAUCUAUGUUCAAGGCCCCUUUCCCCCUACAAAAUCAGGAAAGAAAUGUAUUCUUGCCAUCAUAGACAGGGCAACUUUUUUUUCCAGCUGCCAUUCCUUUAAGAAUGGUAACUGCUACCAGUAUUGCCAAAACACUGUUAAGCAUUUUUGGCUAGGUUUGGGUUUUGUCAUGCCCCUAGAGAAACCCUCGCUAUUUUCUUUGUUUAAGUCUCAGUUAAACCCUUAGGUAGA